AUGGAGCAGAAGAUCCACACUCUGGUGAAGGUAAAUUCCUCUUCCCUUAACUGGAUUUUUACUGUUGUCUACGCUAGUCCGAGACAUAGAGAAAGAUGCAUACUUUGGAAUAAUUUAAAUACUAUUGCUAACUCGCAUAAUUUACCUUGGAUUGUUGUUGGUGAUUUUAAUGAGAUGCUAUCCAAUGAUGGGAAACUUGGCGGUAGACCGAUUAGCUUAUACAGGGCCAACCUCUUCAAAGAAUGCCUUGAUUCUUGCAAUAUGGCAGACCUUGGCUUUAACGGUCCUAGAUUCACUUGGACAAAUAAGCAUGAUAUUGGUUCCCUCAUCCAAGAAAGGCUGGAUAGACUUAGCAGGCCAUUCGGAUUCCAAAGUUCUUGGCUAGCAGAUGAUUCUUUUCCAAAUCUGGUCCAAGAUGCUUGGUCCAACAAUCCUGGUCUUUAUGAUGCAAUUAAAAAAUUUACUACAAAGGCUGCAGAAUGGAACCGGGUCCAUUUUGGUAAUAUCUUUGCCAAAAAGAGGAGAGUGUUGGCUCGUCUUGGUGGUAUUCAGAGAGUUAUGGCAGAUAGGCCAUCCAGUUUUCUCAUUAAUUUGGAAAAGCAGCUUUAG